GCUACAUUUCGGUUUAGGAUGGUGGUCCCAUAAGGUGACACUGCCUAGUACUGUAGUAGUGUCCUAACUGAAGACACUCAUCUGUGAUGUCUGCACAACACUGCCUAGCUGCACCUUUCUCCACGUGCGUCCUGUUGAGCAGUACGUGACUGAACACAGACUGGAUUACUGUGUCCAGAUGGGUCGGCGUUGCCUUGAUUUCUGACUUCUCUGAUGCAGCGUGACAUCUCACCGAAAAGGCUAGGGAUGGACCGGAGCUUGACUUUGGAUAUGACCCAGAGUGAACACUUGUUGAUUGCCUCCGAGGUGACCAAGGGGUAGUGUCAAGGCCACAGUUGGACUAGCAAGUCUGGGGCUCAGAAUGGAGGGCACAGAGGAGGACAGUGCCCCGAGUGGCAUGUCGGGCUCAAGCCAAAACUGUCAAGAACUCCGUGGGGCGGGAGGCACAGGCAAGUUGGACCACAGGCUUGGGUCCUUCCGGGGGGCUGGCCAGGCGCACGACUGGAGCCGGGAGGGCGGCCUGCGGGACCAAGCGGGUGCUGCAGUCCCCUCGAGGCGCGGCUGCUCGGUGCAAGAGGACGCCCGGCCUCCGCAGGCGCCAGCAAGUCGCCCGGGGCCGCUGCCCGAGUCGCGCACGCGCCGCCGGAAGGGGUGGGGCCGGGCGCUUCCGGGGAGCGGUCGCCGCGCGCUCCUCUUCCUCGGCGGUCAGCGCUGCGGCCCCCGGAGGUCUAGGCAGGGCCCCGGGCGCCAUGGGGUGGGGGGCGGAUGCCGGCUGCACCCCGCGCCCGCCCAUCCGCCGGCGGCCCGCGCCCGAGCGCCGCGUGGUGGCCGUGCUCUUCCUCGGCCUGCUGCUGGACCUCCUGGCCUUCACGCUGCUGCUGCCGCUGCUGCCCGGGCUACUGGAGAGCCACGGCCGCGCGCACGACCCGCUCUACGGCUCGUGGCAGCGCGGCGUGGACUGGUUCGCCGCGGCCAUCGGGAUGCCGGCGGAGAAGAGGUACCACAGCGUGCUGUUCGGAGGCCUGAUCGGCUCGGCCUUCUCCUGCCUGCAGUUCCUCUCCGCGCCGCUCGGCGGGGCCGCCUCCGACCGCCUGGGCAGGCGCCCGCUGAUGCUGCUGUCGCUGGCGGGCCUGGUCGCCUCCUAUGCUGUGUGGGCGGCGUCCCGGAGCUUCGCGGCCUUUCUGGCCUCCAGGGUGAUUGGGGGCAUCAGCAAGGGGAACGUCAGCCUCUCCACCGCCAUCGUUGCCGACCUGAGCUCAGCUCCCGCCCGCAGCCAAGGCAUGGCGGUGAUCGGAGUGGCCUUCUCCUUGGCCUUCACACUGGGUCCCAUGCUCGGUGCCACCCUGUCUGUGGAGAUGGCACCCUGGUUCAGCCUGCUCUUCGCAGUCUCCAACCUGCUCUUCAUCUUCUGCUUCCUGCCAGAGACACUACCCCCAGAGAAGCGGGCAGCCUCCAUCACGCUCGGCUUCCAAGCUGCUGCUGACCUGCUCAGCCCCCUGGCCCUCCUCCGCUUUGCAGCCGUUGCCCGUGGCCAGGACCCACCUGCGGGAGACAGUAAGGAGCCUGCCCUUUAUACCAGGGCUUUCCAGCCUGUGGCUGCCUUGCCUGCUCGGAGGCCCACCUGCGCCCCCUGCUGCCCUGCAGAGCUUGGCAGCCUGCGCCGCCUGGGCCUGGUCUACUUCCUCUACCUCUUCCUGUUCUCGGGUCUGGAGUUCACGCUGAGCUUCCUGGCCCACCAGCGCUUCCAGUUCAGCAGUCUGCAGCAGGGCAAGAUGUUUUUCUUCAUCGGCCUCACCAUGGCCACCAUCCAGGGCACCUAUGCUCGGCGGAUCGGCCCCGGCAGGGAAGUGGCAGCUGUCAAGCGGGCCCUGCUGCUGCUGGUGCCAGCCUUCCUCCUCAUUGGCUGGGGGCAGUCACUGCCCGUGCUGGGCCUAGGGCUGCUGCUCUACUCCUUUGCUGCUGCUGUUGUGGUGCCAUGCUUGUCCUCCAUGGUUGCCAGUUACGGCUCUCCAGGGCAGAAGGGCACUGUCAUGGGCACUCUGCGGAGCCUCGGUGCCCUGGCCAGGGCGGUGGGGCCCAUGGUGGCUGCCUCAGUGUACUGGCUGGCUGGGGCCCAGGCCUGCUUCACCGUGUGCUCAGGGCUCUUCCUGCUCCCCUACCUUCUCCUGCGGAGGCUGAGGCAUCCGGCACCCACCCUCAAGGCCGAGUAGCCGAGCCACGGGGCCCACUCUUCCCUCUGGGACAGGGCCAGUCUGGGCAGCCUUGCCGCCUUCUCACUCCACAGGCCCAAGUAGGGUCGGCAACUCCAAGAACAUCCAGGUUUUUGUUCGUUAUUCUCAUUAGUGGCAUGGGCCACUGCCCAGGUUUCUUAAUGACCAAUAAAGCAGCUCUUUUCCACCAGG